AUGGUGUUUUAUGUUUAUAAACAUGCUUAUGACAGGCAUCGUUAAAAAUACCAUUUAAAUAAGAUAUUUAAAAUUUUAUAAUAAUAAAUUCUUUAGUUUUCCUUCCUAUUAAACUUUUUAGCAUUAUUGAUAAACACAAAGUAAGAUGUAUAAAGAAGGAGAGUUAGUAUCUUUCUUGGAUUUGCUAGAUUUAGACGAAGAGGUUAUAGACAGAAGAGCAAAAAGUAUCAUGCAACGAAGUACUUUAAGCAGUCAGCAUUUAGAACAUUUUAUUUACCUUCUUCAAUACAAGCAUUUGAUCAACAUCAGAGAGAAUAGUGAAUGCGAAAAUGAGGAAGAAUUCAACUUUCUUAGUAAACUAAUUGUCGACGCAGACAAUGAGAAUGCGAACGCAACAUGUACACUUGUAAAUUUAGUAUUAACAUUAAAUCCUUCCACCAUAAUAAAUAAAUCCGAGCAUCUUUUGCAACAAAUAUUAUCAACAAUAAAUUUCCCUCCUAUUAAGAGGAGCAUCAUUGAAGAUGGUGGUUCUACAAGUAGAGAGACAGAAGACACACUAGUUAAACUAAGGAUUUGUGGUAGUGUAUUAGAUGCUGCGAAGAAAGUUGGAGCUAGGCUGGCUUUGCCAUUUCUGCUUGUUCCACUGGAGCAAAUUAUUUGCACUGAAAAUAAACAACUACAAGGAUUCUUCCUUAUGAACACUGUUCCCAAAUUUUUUGAGACCGUUGAUGAUUGUAAUAUUCUUGAUAGAAUUUGGAGUUUCAUAAAACAACUAAAUGAUAGUGCAAAUGCUUUAAAAGUUUUAUGUAGCCUUUCAAACUAUUAUUUACCAGUAAUUGAAGAUGAAUCUGAAAAUAUUUCAAUCGAAUCUACUAUCAUAAUGGAUUCCGAGUUUUGGAAUUUUAUUCUGAGUGGAUUGCUCUGUGAUGCUCAAUGUUUAUCUUUAAGAAAGCAGGCCAUAUACCUCGCGAAAAGAGCCAUAGACUAUGCUGCAUAUAGGAAAAAAGAUAUUAAAAUCACCUCACACAGCACAUUCAUAUGGUCUAAAGAAAAUGAAAAAACAUUAAGAAAAAUGUGGGAAAACUAUUUUAUAUUAAUAGAUAGUUUACAAGAGAAACAAAGCAAUAUUGUUCUACCGUCAUUAAAACUUUUUAAUAGCAUCAACGACAUAGGCCACUGUUGGUUGGCGGCCGCUUUUAAUAUUGGCCUGAAACAUGAUAAUUUCCAAGUGAGACAAAAAUGCUUGAUCUAUAGGUUUCAGUAUAGAAUAAGUAAUCAAAUGGAGGCUGUAGGUGUUCUAGAAGCUCUUAACGACCCAGCAAUAUUUGAUAAUAGAAUUAGACAUACCUCAGUUAUUACACUACUGAAGGAAGCCCUAACAAAUGUUCGAACACUUAUAAAUUUUCUCCAGGGAAUGGCGGAUGUCAAGUUGUCACCAGUGCCACUGUUCUCUUUGACAUCCUGCUUAGCUGAUCUCCAUAUAUUGCUUAGCGAUUCUGAUCAGAAAACUUUAUUAAAAACUAUACACAAGAUAUUAAACACUCCAUGCAAUAACACAGUGCUAAGAAAGGCCAUAUGUGUUAACAUGUCACACUUUAUUGCAAAUUGCUGUAAGAAUUUACAUUGGAAGGAGUAUUUAUUGUUGUAUCCAUUACUGGCUGUUGAAUGCAACCAGGAAUUUAUGAAUCCAUUUGUUAGUUUCAUACAGAAUGAUAUGGAUGUACCUGAGGAUGAGAUGGUGCAGUUCAUAAAUACUGGAAAGAAAUCGCAUCUUAAUAUACAAUAUGCCCUAAUUUACUUCCGAGGUCAAGAUAAGCCCUUGUUUCUGGAGAUGAUCGAUGAUAUGAUACAUCGAGUCAAGGAUACCAGCAGUAGACAGUAUUCAAACAAGUUAGACUGUUUAGACGAGGCCAUCUUCAUCUCACAUUUGUAUAAUUAUCGAGACAAUAACACAAUAACUCAUAUAUAUUACAAUUCUGAAGCAUUCCCAGCUAUAAUGCAAUAUAUUGGUAGUUUAUUGUCAGAUGAAAUUAAUUUGGAUUUUGAUAAAAUGAAUUUACUCUUAGAAGGUUUCGAUUAUGCAUUAAGAGCUGUGAAUAUUAUUAAUUAUAAGGAAAACUUAUUACAGCUAUAUAAAUCAGCUGAGUUUCUCCUAAAAGAUAAAAACUCUGAUCUGCAGAAAAAACUUCUCGCAUUACUCACUCUCAAUACACUUAUGAAAUCGAAAUUUCGGGACGUUUGUGACGAAGUUCCGGUUAUUGAAGCAUUUGUAAACAUCAUUAAGAAUAUUAAUUAUUCUGGACAAAAACGAGAAGAUGGCGGCAGAUUGAGGAACAGUUUUUAUGAAAAUAUAUGUCAUUUAUUGUGUACAGUGUAUACAAGUGGAUCUAUAAAAGAUAUUAUAUAUUUUAUUGAUACAGUAGUGGAAUGUGGAGGUCACGGCUGUUUGAAAUGGUUAUUGAAUUUAACUAAUAAAAUAAUAACGGAACUGUUGGAGAAAGAUAGUGUCAAAUUUGAUUUAAUACAGUUUCUGAAUAGAAUGUGGAAAGAGAUCGAAGACCUGAAGUCAAACAGCCAAUAUUCAAUUUGUAUGGAACACUUUAUAAAUCUGCUCACCCACGAUGCUGUGUUAAAGAGACCAAUAUAUAAUAACCUCGUUAUCUCAUACUGCAAUAAGAUUAUUAACUAUGCCACAUUAAAGUAUUCCCCGCUGUAUUUUCUUAUAAGACGACUGACUCUGAUUGAUAUCUCGUCUUAUGGCCACAUGAUUUAUAUUUUAUGUGAAAUUUUGCUAUACGCAAACAUUCCGAACAAAGAACAAAGGAUAGCUGAAAACUUACAAGUGACAAUAUUAGAGCGAUCAGAUUUUUAUGGAAUAAAUGAAGAAUGCGUCCAGUUUAAUUGUCACAUACAAUAUUUGGCAGUUUCAGUACUUGUUAAGAUAAGGGACAAUGAAAUUCUUGAUACCGUGGUGAGGUCAGUGAGGAGAAGGAUUGAGGAAUUGCUGAAAAACAAACUUCGGUACAACGAGAAUUCCUACCUCGAGAGGUCUAUAGAAUCUGGUUUACAAUGUUUGCUCUUCAUAGCUCUUAUGAGCGAGGAGGUCGAUUUGAAGGACAGUGCUGUGUGGUGUAUGGAGUUAUUGGGAAGGAUGCCACACCAACCGUAUGUCAAGAUAUGUCUGGAAUGGUUUAUUUGCUUAUACUAUUAUUUUGAGAAACAUAUCAUAGGUCAAGAAAUAUUGGACACAUUAAACUCACGGAAUGUUCCCAUACAGUCGCAAUUCAUGAUCCUAUACUGGAUUCUGAUACGUAAAAUUCAAACGAAAGCCUGUGUCCAGGCGGAGUUCGAUCACGUCAUGGAGUUUUUAACCUCACACAGCAUGGGCCCGGUCUACGGCGUGCGGCUGAACGCACAGUAUCUGGCCACGAAGAUUGUCGACAUCAAUGACAAACAGAAAUACAAAUUGGAUGACAAACAAUUCACAUACAUUAUAAGGGUUAUAAGGAAUUGUCUGCGUCAAGCCCAGGAGUUGGAAGAGAAGAGUCUCAUGAAGUUAUCAAACAGCUAUUUCAUCAAUUCUUUUGACAUCGUCCAAAGCUUGAACUUCUUCGACGUGUUCUAUAAACUGCCCCUGUCGUUAACACACACCGCCAGACAUUUCGAUAUGACCAAUAAAUUUCUUCAAACUAUGACCUUGGACAUUGAAGCGUGUUUGGAAACAGGUUUGAGGGGUGAACUCCUGAGAGGUCGAUUCGUCGUUCCAGAGAAGAUCCGAUGUGAGUUUUUAACAGAUGUCAUUGAUGACGAGGAACCUGAGAUUAUACAAAAAAAAUACGUUCCCUGGAAGAGUAUGAGCGACGUGGACGCUCACAGCGAACGUCAUAGACCUCCCAGUGGCCUGGUGGUGGUGGCGUCUCUGGUCGACAAGUUGCCCAACCUGGGCGGCAUGGCGCGGACGGGGGAGGUGUUCGGAGUACACACGUACGUCAUGGACAGUCUGAGACAUCUACAGAACAGAAUGUUCCAAGACCUGAGCGUGUCAGCUGAGCGGUGGCUGAACGUGGAAGAGGUCCGCCCGGGAGAGCCGCUCAAGCGAUAUCUCAUGACGAAGAAGGCCGAGGGACACACCGUCGUAGCUGCGGAACAGACUUCUAAUAGCGUCAAACUGCAACAUUUCAAAUUCCCCAAGAAAACCAUCUUGUUGCUGGGACACGAGAAGGAGGGCGUCUCGUGUGAGCUGCUGCCUCUGUGCGACGCGUGCGUGGAGGUCCCUCAGCGAGGAGUGGUCCGCUCCCUCAACGUGCACGUCACCGCCGCCCUCUUCGUGUGGGAGUACACGCGCCAGCACCUCCUCUAGAUAUUCAUAUAUGUUGCCUAAUGCUAACAUUGAAAAUAAUAAUUGGAAAACUUUGUUAUGUUG